ACGUCCAACAUUUUUGCUUGCGUAAAUUAUCGCACGACAGAAAACCCUCCACUCCCACUCAUCGCCCAACCCCGACCCGACCGCGACCCGACGACGGCAGCCACCCACCCCCCUCUCUGGGCCAACCCCGUCCCAUCUGCCUGCCGACACCGAGGACCCGGCAAAGGAAGCGAGAAGACAGAAUAUACCAGACAGACAGCCCGCCAUGUCCGCGUUAAUCGCCCGCCGGUUGGCGCUGCGCCACUCCACCAACUUUGCCUCGUCCAUGAGGACCACGGCGGCCCGCCGGUUCGAGUCGACCGCCACCAGCAAGGUCGCCGAGGGUGCAAAGGAGGCGGCCUCCAAGGCUGCCGAGACUGCUAAGCAGGCCGCCUCCAAGACUGCAGAGACCUCCAAGCAGGCCGCUUCCAAGACGGCAGAGGCCACCAAGGAGACGACCUCCAAAGCCGCUGAAGCCGCCAAGGACACGGGCUCCAAGGCCGCUGAGAACGCAAAGGAGACGGCCGCUAAGGCUGCCGGGGCCGCAAGGGAGACUGCCUCCAAAGCUGCCGACGCUGCGAAGGAGACGGCUGCCAGGGCCGCCGAAGGCCUCUCACGUGUCACAUCUGCCGCCGCCCCGGCCCUCAUGGGUGCUGCCAAGGGCGCCACGGAAGCUCUCGGCAAGGUUGGCGGCCGGACAGGGAGGUUUAUCAAGUUCAUCGAGGCCCAGGUCCCCCGCGUCGUGUACUACUCACGUGUCGGCCUUGAGCUUGGCAAGAUUGUGUUCCGCAACCAGCAGAUGACCCCUCCAUCGGCAGCCACCUUCCAGACCUACUUCCAGAACGCCUGGAAGUCACUCCAGUCCCCAGGCGCCCUGAUGAACACCAUCAGCGCCCGCGUCCCGCCCUCGAACCCUAUGCAGGCCGUGCGUGGACUUUCCAACGCACAACUGGCUGCCGGUGGCGUCUUGGUCGCCGAGCUUCUUGGUUUCUUCACCGUGGGCGAGAUCAUCGGCCGCUUCAAGCUGAUCGGAUACCACGGAGAUGCCCACGCGGCUCACCACUAGAAAAAGAGACACGAGACAAAAAAUCGCCAGCGAACCGUAUUACCCUGCCUCUCUUCUCGGUGGCCAAGGGGAGAGGGCGCCCUGGAGACCAAAUUUCGGCAUCUUGUGGCCGCCAUCGCCGGCACAUCAGGCUUCUUGUGCAGCCACCAAAAGCGGGGGGACAAGGUGACAAGGCUAAAGGUUGUGAAUGCAGGCCGGUUGUGGGACAUCAAAUGAGUCAAAGCCUCCUGAUGUUUCCUCCUUUCUUUUCUCUUCAUCCCACACAAACACACACGGAGCCUACUUUCUUCGGGAGACGGCUUGGGCGGAGAGGCGGAUGGAAUAAGAGCGGGAACGCUCUGGCGCGUUAUAUCGACCGGCCUGUAUACCACCUCCCAUUCUUCUCGCCCAUUAUUAUCACAGCACCCGGCUCAUCGAGAAGUCGACGGAGGGGAGCGGGAAUAGAGGCUUCUAGAGCUUGUUUGCUGCUCUAAACCUCGGCUGCUGCGUCGUGUCCUUUUGGUAUAUAUAGCCCUGUAUCCUUUUUUGCGUCUGGCCCAGGUGUCACUCCCACCCCGGCGGACCCCCUUCAGUUCUCCUUUGUUAUUCGUUGCGCAAAAGAAAAAAAAGAGGCAUGUACGACCAGAUAGAGCUGCAUAUGAACGGUGGUGGCGGUGGGCUUUUACGUUUUACAGGAGAGGUUCAUGAAGGAGAGCGAGGACGGCGGAGUCGGUGACCUAGACUUAAGACUAAUGAAGGGAUUCUACCUCGAGCCCUGCCUGCUCAGCUGCCAGCCCGCGGCCCUUGUUGUCUCUCACUUUUAGGUGACUUGGCACCCAUGUCUCCACGCCCGUCGGUAGAGAGUAGGAAGCUGUGCGGCUUGCCCAGGCUGUUCACUCGGAUUGAAUUGAUCUGCCUCGCCAGGAACCCCAGGUAUUUAAUCCUACCAGGUACUUGACUCACAUUGAGUAUCAAGGAUAAUAUCCGCCAUAAGCGCCAUGAGAGGAUAUGUAGUUCAAGACGUACGUCACCAUGUCCACUUGCCCUCUUUUUUCUUGGCCUUUGCUCCCCUAGUCUUUGUUUCCGUCUUGUUUCCCCUUGCCCGCGGAUUGUUUGUACCUCCCAUGUACCGAUACCCCCUUGCUAAGCCUUAUUCCCAUUUCGCUCGCGAACAUGC